CACAGUCUUCUCCCAAUUUCUUCCCUUCUGGAGCAUCUCUGGUUUUGUUGAUUCUCGUCUUCCGAUCCUCCAUUGCGCUUCCUUUCGAGGGUUUUAUCUUUUGUCGUUGUUUCUCUGUUAGACCCGCCAUGGUAGGACAGGAAGCAAUUCGGCAAGCUCUAGAAACAACAGACCUAUCCAAAACUCAAAAACGAAGUAAUAGAAAAUGUUAAACACGAAAUUGGAAGAUGGGUUUUCGAAUUAGGGUAGAAAGAGAGAAAAGAGGAGGGAGGCUGCGUAUCACUUCUUAGAAUUGAGAUUUCUCAAAAUUCUGAACUAAUUCUCUAAAUUUAUGUUGUUGAAUGUCCUUAUUUGAAUAAAUUAUCUGAUGGGCUGCUUAUUAUUCAUUGCAGAGAAGUUUCGGUCUUUGGGAAAUCGAUUGUUGUUACAUUAUCUUUGUGGGUUCUUGGAGCUCAUCGAUUGAUGAUUCAAGGUUCAAAACCUCUAACCAUUUAGUUUUUUGGUUCUCUGUGUGAAUCUAUCAUUCAAUUGUAACUUGUAAGGGAUGCUUUUUUAAGGUGAUUGGAAGGGGGAUUUUGAACAUCUAACUGUUGGGAAUGACAGUAUUAAAGCGCUACGUGGUACGAUUAUUCAUAUCUUUAAAGUAUAUAACCGCAAAUGUGGUAGAUAGAAACAAUGGACGGAUUGUCGCAACUGCAUCCACAGUUGAACACUCCAUCAAGGGUUCACUUGAAUGUGGGCGGUCUUGUAAUGCUAAGGCAGCAGCAGUUGUUGGAGAGGUGUUGGCUAUGCGACUCAAAGUCGAUGGUCUCGAACAGGGGCAAGGAAGAGGGAUUCACAUGGACAUAAACAAGGAAAUCGAAAAGAAAGGCUUCAAAAACCGCACAAAAAUCUGGGCUAUAGUCAACUCACUCAAGAACAACGGUGUUAAACUUAUUCUCGACAACAAUGACGAUGAUGCAUCUCGGCCAAGUUAUGAGUAAGUAUCCAAAAGCGAUCAAAAUAGUCCUUGGCUGGGAAAAAAGGAGGCUCGGCUUGAGCUCGAGCUUGCCCAGUCACCAUGAAAGAUUAGAUGCAGCUAAAUGGAAGGAACUAUGUUUAUUAGUGGCAAAGUGAUAGUGAUAGCAUCCAACUUUGGGCAAUGAUGUUAUCACAGUGAAAUGGUCUAAUAUGAUCAUUAUAUUCUCCACUUUUUGGUUACCUGUUCCU